CUUCUUUUUCUUCUUUCAAACAAAUUGAUUUGUUUGCCUUGUAAUUUUGAUUUUACUUUUUUUUUCUUCUCAUGUCUUUACCAUUCAAUCGCACAAAACACAUCAUAAGCAACGAAUAUCAACAACGUACAAACAAACAGAUUAACUAUCCAUCCAUCAUGAUUAUAAUUGGCUUAUCAGCUAUUUUAUCCAGUUUGAUUAUCGUUUUAGUCAAUGCUGCUGAUUCCGGAUUAGAAGAGAUUCCAUUACAUUGUCCACCGGAUGGUGUUUUUGGUUAUCCACAUCCAAAAUCAUGUGAUGAAUAUUUUCAAUGUACAAAUGGUACAAUGUCACAUGAAUUCUGUCCAAAUGGUCUAUUAUUUUCACAUACUGGACAUGUAGUUGGAAUGUGUGCUUAUUAUUGGAAUGUUGAUUGUGGUGAUAAAACUAUUCCCAAACCAAUGAGUACUCCUGGUUGUCCAUAUCAAUUUGGAUUCUUUGCUGAAGAUAAUCGUCAACCAUGUAAUGUUUUCUAUAGUGAAUGUGCUUGGGGUAUACCACAACGGAAACAAUGUGAACCAUACGGAUUAUUCUAUGAUGAACGUAUUAAAGGUUGUAAUUGGCCUGAUCAAGUUGGUUGUAGUUCCGAAUCAUUAUUACAAUUCAAAUGUCCAGAUGAUGAUCAUUCGAAUAAAUUUUGGCCAUAUCCAAGAUAUUGGUAUAAUCAACAAGCAAUAAUCACCUGUGUUAGUGGCCAGCCAAGAUUAAUUCAAUGUGGUGAAAAUUCAUUAGUUGAUGGUAAUUCUUUGACCUGUGUUGAACAACAUAAACCUGAAAAUGAAAAACCAUUACGAACAACAACCAACCAUGGAAGACAUUUUUAAAUGUGAAACAGUUUUGAUGUAUGACUUUCUUCUUCUUCUUUUUCGUCUUUUUCUUUGAAUAAAACAAAAAUUGAGUUAAAAAUAAAA